GCUUCCGAGGUCGGGUUUAUUUCUUAAGGAAGACUGAACCAUGAGUGGGAAGUAAAGGGGUUUAUUUAAUCUAAAAUACCUCAACCUUCAAACUUGUAGGUGUUCUCAGCUGAACAGGUGAAAUACAGUUUAUUAUUUAUAGUUUAAUAGAUGAAUAGUGAUUGAUAAUGAGAGGGGAUGAACGUGAGUGACCGGGUUCCACCUUAACUCGCAGACACGUUGCAGAGCCUCACUGUGAGCAGACUCCGAAAUACAGAAACUCCGAAACACAGAAACACCGAAACAUAGAAACAUUGAAACAUUGAAACACAAAGAAGAAUAGAAAAAUAAAAACACAGAAACCGUUGAAGAUGGAUUUCUGUGAAGCGAAGCUGGAGGUGAAGCAGCUGCUGAGCAGAGUGAAGAACAGAGAUCUGAGCAGACUGCUGCAGUGGAUCAGAGAGUCAGAUGAUCUGGAUGAGUUCCUGUCUGACAACAGGACGAAGAUCCUGCAGAACAUCUCAGAGGAGCUGAGAGGGGCUCUGCCUCAGGACGCCAUGCUACCCUCCGAGAGUACUGCAUACAGCAAGAUGCAGCAGUGCUCUAAGCCCACGGUGCACGUGGACAGCUUCCUGUACGAUGAAGAGCAGGUGGACUCUCUGUGUGAGGAAGGCUCUCUGAGCCGCUCGUACUGCCUCUCCUGUGGAUCCACCAGAACCGCCCCUCUGACUUCCUUGUCUCACUCCUUCUCCAUCCCGGAGCUUCACUUCCUGUUUGAGAGCGUCCUGCCGGACCUCGGUGGGCGGGUGCUGGUGGACGUGGGGUCCAGACUCGGAGCCGUGCUGUACGGGGGCUACGUGUUCAGCUCGGCCACUCGGCUCGUGGGUCUGGAGAUCAGUGAGGACUUUGUCAAACUGCAGGAGAACAUUGUGCAGAAAUACACAAUGACAGACAGGAUACAGGUUCUCCACUCUGAUGUGCGUCUGCAAAACGUUCUCCUGCAGAACGCUGACGUCCUCGUCCUCAACAACGUGUUCGAGUACUUCCUGCCACUAGAGGAGCAAGUCGGAGCAUGGAGCUUCAUCAUGGAGAACUUCAGGAAGAAAGGCUCUCUGUUGGUCACUGUGCCCAGUCUGCAGGAGAGCCUCAACACACUGCAGAUGGUUCUGCCCCCCUGCUGGGUUGAGGAGCUUGGUCUGGAUUAUGAUGUUUACCUCGGCAAGGACACGGACCCCGAUGCUCUGAGGCAGAUACACCUGUACCGGGUCCUCUGACCGGGUCAGAACCAGAACAGUUUACCAGAAGCAGAACACAUGUACCAGGUGCUCUGACCAAACAGAACACCUGAUCUGGACUGGUUUCUCGGACCCUGGAUUAUGUUACCUGGACCGGGUUAUCUGACUGGACCAGAGUUAUUAUAAAACAGUUCUGUCAAAUGAAGCGGGUUGUUUACAGUUAAUAUUGAAGCUGAAGAUACUUUUAUUUUUUGUUAAAUGAUCAAAUAUGUAUAAAAACAGCUGACUAUGUGAUUGUAGAGCUGCUGAAAGUGAAAUAAGAACUGGUGAAGCUCCUCUCUGUAGAUAUGCAGUAUUUCCAUUUGUUAUAUUCUGUAUUAACUCCACACCAACUUCGUGAAUCCCCAGAGUUUAUUUCACUACCUCUCUGUUUCUCCUGUUAGCAUUAGCAUCACAUAACGCCUCAUUAGCAUAUUUAAAUAAGUGUAAUAUCAGAAAUAACCGUGUUAGUCACUAAUGAAGUAGGGGUUUCAUGUUGAUACCUGUUGUAUGUUUAACCCCCUCACCUGUAGUGUUUGCAACAGGUGUGAGUAUUACAGGCCGUUUCCUCAUAAAAUAAAACAACGUGAUGACGCA